GCAUGCAAGGAAGAGAUGGAGGCAUGCAAGCCUGCCCUUCUGUUGGCUCUGUCGUCGUGCCCGCCUGCCGACGAGGAGGCACGCCGAAGGCUGUACGUCAUCCUCAGCCGUUGGCAGAUCAUCAUAGUGCUGCUGUUGAAGCAGCUCAGGACGGCAAGGAGGAGCAUAGGCGAGCAAGACUGCGCCGUCAUGACACGUUGCGCGUUGAGACCAAGCAUAGAGGCAACACAGGCUGCUUUCAAGCACGUCGCCAGGGAGAAACCCACACAGCGUCUGCACAUCAGAUCCUGCUUGUACAUAAUUCAGUGGAUCAGAGAAAUGUUGAAGUCUCAGAGGGCAACUCUGGACGGCCUGGAGAAGAAGGGACAAGACGUUGCGGCUUUGCGCAAACAGCACGACGCGAUGGAAAAAGAAGCCAGCAAACUGAGCCAGAACCUCGAGGGUGCCUUCGGGGCAGCCGGCGCUUACGACAACUCCUUGGACGCGGUGGAGUCCUUCCUAACCCAGGCGGAGGACUGUCUGCAACGCUACCUCAACUGCUGCCCCGAGCUGUACGCCAGCUACUUGCCAGCGCUUGAGGCUUUGGGACAGACACUGGAAAAACAAGAGAGACCACUGCUGGGUAGCCUGGAAGCUGCUCAGGCAGACCUGACAGAUGGCCAGGGACGCAAGCCCGAGAAGACUUCGCUGGAGCGUGUUCGGCAACUGCGGGACAGGUGGCACCAACUCAAGGACAAGACAUCUCAGCUGCACAGGGAAAUGCUUCAGCUGCAUUCCCUCUGGCUACGGUGGCUGACGGCGGAGGAGAAGCUCAUCAACUUGGCGCUGAAGGCAGCCCACGAAGAAGACAACGGCGGAGGAACCGAGUUGAGCUAUGCGCAGGCGGCAGCUCGAGCGGAUGUUCGCUCUGCUUUGAGAGAUCUAACCUCCGCAGACGUCUCCAGCCAACUCCUCGAUGCGUCACCGCUGAAAGCGCGCAUCAACGCCCUCCAAGCGUCUGCCCCGGCGCUCGUGGAGCCGCGGUCGGUGCCGCAUCGCCACUGCGACUGGUCCGCCUUGGGCUUCGCUGCACACCCGGCGAAACUCGAGCAGGAUCUCAAACAACUGGAGAAGGUGCUCCCGAGAGAACCCGAAAGUGACUGGAGCGUUGAGAAGCUGCAAAACCUUUGUGCUAAGCUUGAGAAGCUGUCCCGCGACGUGAUUCCACUGGGCGUCAACCUUCACUGCAUCCGGACAGACGACUCUGACAACCUGCUCCGCCGGUGGAGGAUCCUCUGCCACCGGCUCAUCAUCAUCUGGGGCAGUGCCCGAAGACUCCUCCUCCAGAAGGCACCCCUAGAAGACAGCUGCACAGACCUGCUCCGGCUCAGCCAGAGGUCACGCCAGACACUCACCAGUCUGACGGGCCCUCCCUUCCGCGACCCAGCGACCUGCAGGCAGCACCUCGAAGACGUUGGCAACUUGCAACUCCGGCUGGCAACGUUUAAGCCGAUGCUCACAGCACUGCGACAGCGCCGAUCCACACGAGAACAUGCCGAGUCUUGCGACCAGCUUGACUGGGCCAUGGACAGGAUGGCGCAGUCGGCGAGGGCAAGGGCCGGAGAAGCCUGGCUCUGGCUGAGGCCGUGGAUCACAUUCUGGACCUCGCUGGAUGUUGUCAACGGGCAGCUCUCAGCGCUGGAGCAGUCGGAAGUUGUUCAGCUGUCGGCACUGCCCGUGCUGGACCUGCGCUUCAUCUCAAUACUGUUCCAGCAUGAGCGACUGGCCAAGCAAUUGGAAGAAGCGAGACGUCACUGGGAAGCCCUGCACAGCCAUGAAGAACACCUGGUUCGCGUUGCACUGGCCGGACCGUGGCUGGAUGAAGUCAUGAAGCAGUCGCGCGAGUCGCUUCGUCGCCUUGAGGCACUCGAAGCGAGAGCAAGAGACCUCGAGAGGUGGUGCUCUAACUGGGACGCGCUAAAGCAAGAACUGCACAAUCUCGACACGAACAUGGCCGACGUGCUGCAGGGGAUCCAGGCAGCCGCUUCAAGUUCGCACCAGCCCCGCUUGCAGGAACCGGUGUCCAAGGAACGGUUGGAUCAGCUGAACCAAGCUGUAGACGUAUCAAGCAAGUGCCUGGAUAAGGUGACAUCGGACUGCGUCGCCACGGAAGCAGAGGCUGUGAAGAGUCACAUAGAGCACACCAGCAAGGCUGUCAGGGCGUUGUCGGAAUGCGGAAGGUUCUCUCCGGACCAAAGGGAACGAGCGAAGAAAUGUGUGGAACAGUUCGCCAGUUGCUGCGAGGAGCUGGACAGGCGGAAGAAACGGGACGACGAGAAGGCCACAUCAAAACCAAGUGGCGACGCUGCUGAACACCUAAAACAACAGAACGAGGAAUCGCAGAGGCACAAGGACGACUGCGAUGGACUGCUGCGUUACGGCGCGUCCAUUGGAACUUUGCUUCUGGAUGAGGACAUCAGGAAGGCAUUGGACAGCCAGCUUGCUGCCGUCAAGGAGUCGUGCAACAAGACUGAAGGGAACCUGCAGCAAAGCACAUUGAGGCUGAACGGCGUGGCUGGCUUGCAGCAGGAGUUCGAUGUGAGGUUGGAAGAAUUUCUCCUCUGGCUCGACGACAUGGAAGCAUAUCUUGCCUCCACGAUCGUACCAGCGGAAGCGCAGAGAGAACUGAAGUUGCUGGACGCGAAGAAGCAAGACGUGUCUGAACACAGCGAACUGCUGAAGCAGCUACAGACCAGUCUCGGCGAUUUGCUCAAGCACUACCAUGACCUCGUACCUAGUGAAGAUCAGGACAAGGCUAAGGAACAGCUGGCAGAUGCCGAGAGGCGCUGGCAGGCCUUGGCACCACUGAUCGAGGAACGCCGAAACAGAUUAAGUGCUGCGAAUGUCUUGUGGGAGGAAGUGAAGCAGUUGGCUGGUAGGCUCGCCAACGUGCGGACCGCAGAGGAGACCCUUGGCCGCACCUUUGGCGGCGACCUGGAAAGCCUUUUGCAAACUGUUGAAGCAUUGGAGCGCCUGCUGCCCGAAGUGCAAGAAAUAGAAGUCCCACUGAACAACGUCUGCCGCCGGUACGAGAGCCUGAUCCAGGACUGUCCGGUGGACGAGGGCCUCGGCACUUACAUCGACCAGUUGCGCUACGACUGGCUCGCGAGGAGGCACUCGGUGCGGGAAUCCCUGGAACGCUACCGCGGAGCGACGCACACCUGGGAGCAGUGGGACGCACUGCGGGAGCAACUCAUGCUAUGGCUGACCGAGAAGGACUUGAUGCUCAGCAGGCUUGAGAUGGGACACUCCACGGAGGAGGACGACCCCGAGGCACUGCGGCAGGAGCUCCUUCAAGGCAGCACCCAGUUCACCGAGCUGAGAGCUGCCGGCUCGGAGGUCGAGCGGUUCGGCCUCCUGCUGGCAGGCAUCGCCACGGGCCCGGCACUGGGAGAGCUGCACCUCUACUGGCAGGACCUGUGCCAGCGCGCGGGCGCGCUGGUUGGAACCAGGUCGCCGGACGAGGACAAGGAACCAAUUCAAGAAGACAUUGAACAAAGUCAGCAAUUAACUGGCGCUACUUCCUCGUCAAUCAUUCCUCCUGUUGCCGGCGAGCACGGCGAAGUUACGCCGGAGAAGCUUCCAAUCGCCGGAGCUGCUUCGCAGAACCUCCACCAAGUUGUAAAUGUGCUCGUCAGCAACAUCAGCAAUGAUCAGCGUCUCAGACGCAUGCGAAGCUCGUCCGAGAGCAGCGAAGCUGAUGACGAAUUGACCGAUUUGCUGGAAACUGUGGCUCCCGAGAAAGCCUUUGAACAAGAACAAGAACAGAGGCCCGACGUUUCGGAUGUAGAAGAGGCGCUGCUGCGUCUGGAACAGUGGCUCGAAACGGUUCCCGACCGGUUUGGACCGGACAAGGUCCCGGAAGACCUCGAAGAACUGACUGCGCUUGUUAACUCGCACAGCGACUUUCUUGAUGAGUGCCGCAGGUACAAGAUCCUCCUGGACUGGCUUCAAGGACAAAAGAUCAGAGAUCCUCAUCUGCAGAAAAGGCUUAAGGCUGCUGCUGCACGCUGGGACACGGUAUGCCAGAACGCGUGGAACUACCAGGAGCGUCUGCGAUGGGCAUUGCUGCGCUGUCCACACUACAGCAGCGCCCUCCAGCAGCUGGCUCUGUGGAUGAUCGCCACCAGGAAAUGGCUCAAGGGUCGGGACAAGGACGCCAACCUGCCACCACGGCUCCUGGUGGCCCGCUACCGCCAGAUCCUGGUGCUGCAAGACCAGUUACACCGGUUCCUGCCGCGGCUAAAAGCCCUGAACACGAUACAAGAGUCCACGCCCCCAUGCGAGGGCGACUCCGACGCUGGACAGCCACGCGAGCACAAGAAGACCAAGGAGGCGGGCGAAGUGCUUGCCCUUCUGCAGUCCCUGUUGGCACUGUGUGCACUCCGAGCCAGCGCCCUCCGCAAGGACCUGCUCCAGUCCGACCUAAUACCGCAUGAUCCAAGUCUUGAAGAAGAGAUCAUUCCGUCUACAAUGGAAGCCCAACAGUCAGGCGCGGCUGAGCCGAUGUUCCUGGCCGAGCUAGACGACGACGUAUCGUCGGCGCGUCCCUGGUCGUCACUCUUCUGGGGCCGCGUAGCUCGCACCGCGCUGCCCAUCCAGCUGCUGCUCCUCAUUCUGCUGGGCGCGGCCAGCCUGCUGCCUAUGUCCGAGCAGGACUUCAGCUGCGUGCUCACCAACAACUUUGCCCGCUCGCUGGACCCGAUGCUGCGGUACCCGCAGGGACCGCCGCCCGUCUAGACCACCCGUCCGCCAUCUUGUUUUCACGGUGGACCAUGUGAUCCGACCGUGCCAUCGAGCGACGCGCACCCGCUAUCUUGUUCGCGCGGCGGACGAUAGACAGUUUAUUCAUAAUGGAUGUGUGCGGUGUGCUUCAGAGGGAAACAAAGAAUUCCUUGAAUUGUUUGUAGAGGUCGCUGCCGCGCUGUGUUAGGUGGUAAAACAAUCAUUGGAUAGUUUACACUGACGUCAUCGUGAACGCCAUCUUUGAGUACGAUUGUGCGUCUGGACCACAGGCUCGUUUUGCGCCUGGAGACAGAUCGACAACAGUGAUAAUCCGCUGAAGAACUGCCACGGUUAAGCGAAGCAUGCGCGUAAUGUUGUGUGCUGACGUCACCGUACGCGGCCGCUAUAUGUUAAGUUCUGACGCCAUGAGAUAUUGAGCUGCAUCUGUGACGUCAACUGGCAAUCAUCUCUAAUGAAGGUCGUUUCGACAGAGCCCUUGGCUGUUCUGUUUUUCUUGCCCGCAUUGCGCUGGUUCAGUACUACGCAGAUUAUGCAUAUAGCAUGAAGUCGCGGGUUCGAUUCCUGGCCCCGGAGGCUGUAUUUCGGCGCAGGCGGAAUGCAAGAGCUCUUGUGUGCCCUGUUCUUGGAGCGCCUCAAAGACAUUCAAAAUUUUGAAAUCUUCGCGGUACGCUGUACUUGGCGGAACAGCGCGCUGCUAUCAGCAAUUUUUUUCUUGGCCGGAAAAUAAAUUGAUGUUUGCAACCGCUGUAACGCAAAGUCGACGUGAGAAGCAGUUUUAUCUUCUUUUUUUUUUUUUUAAUUAGGCAGGCUGCCAUUGUGCGCCAAUUUUUUUUAAUGAAGCCGCCUCAGCCGGCGUCAGCGCCGCCACAUCUUUCUUUACUCGGUUGCACACCGCACACGCCGAGAACAACGCUUAACACAUUACUCGACCUUGUACGGUGCGCUACAUUAGGGAGUUUUAGCGAACCGCAAACCUGGUGCUGGUACAGGUGCGGAGUUACGCGCAUGCGCGGAGGCCGGUCCGGCGUGCGCGUUCAUGGAUACCAACUCCGAGAGCCCAAACAGCAAGCCGCACCACGGGAACGGAUUUCAGGUUCACUGAAACUCCCCAAGUCAUCAUUCGCCCAUUACAUGUUUGCCUUUCUGAUACGCUGUGAUAAGAGAGCAAAGGGGAGAGAAAUCAUUUAUCGCCCUGGUGUGAUGUGAUAGCGCUGCGGUAGCUGGUGCCUUUUUUUCUUUUAUAAGAGUAGCUAUACAUGUUUCAUAGGCAGUUUUCUUCUAUAGUUUCGUUUUUCCUUAGUGCCCUCGCUAUACCGUAUUUCUUACAGUACGCAUGCUGGAGCUGUUGUCGUCGUUCUCGUCACGUUAUUGUCACCCUCGUUGACGCGUGUAUCCUAGAAUGUUUUAGCAACUAUUUUUAAAGCAUCCGUAACGACGGACUUUGAGAUUCUCGCGCGCGCUAGCGCGAUCUCGGAGGUCAUGCUUAAAAACAAAGCGGUAUGAACGCUUAACUAUAUAUCGCAGCUACGAAACUCUUUCUAUACACUCAUCCGCUUUUUCGACUGCUACUAUCGCGCGACAAAACCCUAUCGUGUCCCAGGGUAACGAAUUACGACUUUUUCUCUUCUUUUUUUGUCAAUUUUUACGAGCUCUUUGUACAAUACACCCAACUUCGCCUCACGAAAACCAGGUGUGGACGAUAUUGUACCAGCGAUUAAGGACCGCUGUUACUUGCGCGUGUGUUCAAACAAAUAUAUAGGAUGUUGUACUUAUCAUGUGUAUCAUUUCGGGGAGUGUGUUAAAUCGUGGAACUCUAGAGUUAAUGGUCGUUAAUUUUUAUCGCCUUUGUUGAGAAUCGCCGCCAUAAAUGCGUUUAACGAGAGAUGCAAAACUCUCUUACCAUUCUGUGUGCAUGCCGUGUUGGUAGUUUUGGCUUGUUUCUAUCAAAACUUUCGCUGUGAGCGCUUUGACUACGCGAAAGUCCCAGUCAUGCAAACCUUGUUAUAGCCUUUGAAAAGCGCGUAGUAGAUGUAUGUGUUGUCUUGAAUGUUUUAGUAUAUAACUACAUAGUGUUAUAUGCCUUGGUCGCAGCUUUGGAGCGAGAAGUGUCAAAUGUGUUCUCAUCUCCCCUUCUGGUGCUUGUUGAGCGUAGUUGGGAAAAAGCCUGUACAGAGAGCAAAUAAAAGUGUGUGUGUCUUGCCUUU